AUGGUUAGUUUAGUUUUUCAUCUAACUUUACCUCAAGCUAUCAGAACAUUACCAAAUGAUACAACAAUAAAUUCACUUUCUACUGCUAACACAACAAUAAAUGGAAAUAAUACAAGAACAGUUGUAGCUAUAAAAAAUUCACUUGAUCAUGGCAAAGAAAUACUACAUGAUGCUUUUUUAAAAAUGGAUCGAGGUACAUUUUUUCGUGCUACUAUUGUACUUGCUGGUAUUACGUGUCUUAUUUUAAUAUACAUUGGAAUAAAAACAUUUUUUUUACGUAAAAAACGUCAACCGAAACGAUAUACAUUAAUUACUGAUCCAACUGCAAUGGAAGAACCUCUUUUCGGUGCUCAUGAUGAUGAUGAAGAAGAAAUUGAAGAUGAUACAUUAUUUGUACGAAAAUAA